GAGCUUCCAGGGCCUUGGCUGGGCACCAUCUCCGGGCACUGACUUCUGGAAGAUCUCUCUCCUCCUUGCCCCACGUCCUUAAGGAGCCAGCCUUAGAGCGGGGGCUCAACCCCCAGACCUCCAGAAAUGACGUCAGAAUCAUUUGCAUCCCGCUGCCUCUACCUGCCCGGUCCAGCUGGGACCCUGCCUUGCCGACCCCGUGGCCAUAGGGUUGGAGGGGCGCUGCCCAAUGACCUACACAGACCGACACAGGAUCGCCAUGAAUGGAGACCUCUGGAAAAACUCAGGAGACGAGGCCCAUCGGGCCCACCGGAGGCCGACGGGGAGACUCUGGGAGGGGGCUGAACCACAGCCUCCCGAAAGCCCCCCAAAGCCCAGGCUUUGGAAGGGAGCUGGGGGCUUCCCAUCUCCUUUUGCAGGGGAGGGCUGUCAGUCGGCGGGGUGCGCAGUGGGGGUACCUCGGCCCCCGCCUGCUAGCCCCCCAUCACCACCACCACCACCCCCAGCACCACCACCACCACCACCACACACAAAAAAAAUUGGAUACAUUUUGAAUAAAGCGAUUCGGUUCCUUAUCCGGGGACUGGGUUGCUCCGUGUGAUUGGCCGGCGGAGUCACAUGGUGAAAGUAACUUUACAGGGUCGCUAGCUAGUAGGAGGGCUUUAUGGAGCAGAAAAACGACAAAGCGAGAAAAAUUAUUUUCCACUCCAGAAAUUAAUGAUCAUGAGCUCGUAUUUGAUGGACUCUAACUACAUCGAUCCGAAAUUUCCUCCAUGCGAAGAAUAUUCGCAAAAUAGCUACAUCCCUGAACACAGUCCGGAAUAUUACGGCCGGACCAGGGAAUCGGGAUUCCAGCAUCACCACCAGGAGCUGUACCCACCACCGCCUCCGCGCCCUAGCUACCCCGAGCGCCAGUAUAGCUGCACCAGUCUCCAGGGGCCGGGCAAUUCGCGAGGCCACGGGCCGGCCCAGGCGGGCCACCACCACCCCGAGAAAUCACAGCCGCUCUGCGAGCCGGCGCCUCUCUCAGGCGCCUCCGCCUCCCCGUCCCCAGCCCCGCCAGCCUGCAGCCAGCCAGCCCCUGACCAUCCCUCCAGCGCCGCCAGCAAGCAACCCAUAGUCUACCCAUGGAUGAAAAAAAUCCACGUUAGCACGGUGAACCCCAAUUAUAAUGGAGGGGAACCCAAGCGCUCGAGGACAGCCUACACCCGGCAGCAAGUCCUGGAAUUAGAGAAAGAGUUUCAUUACAAUCGCUACCUGACCCGAAGGAGAAGGAUCGAGAUCGCCCACUCGCUGUGCCUCUCUGAGAGGCAGAUUAAAAUCUGGUUCCAAAACCGUCGCAUGAAAUGGAAGAAGGACCACCGACUCCCCAACACCAAAGUCAGGUCAGCGCCCCCGGCCGGCGCUGCGCCCAGCACCCUUUCGGCAGCCACCCCGGGCACUUCUGAAGACCACUCCCAGAGCGCCACGCCGCCGGAGCAGCAACGGGCAGAGGACAUUACCAGGUUAUAAAACAUAACUCACACCCUGCCCCCACCCCAUGCCCCCAUCCUCCCCUCACACACAAAUUGACUCUUAUUUAUAGAAUUUAAUAUAUAUAUAUAUUUUGGUUCUUUUCUCUCUUCUUUCCACCUUAUACCUUGUCAAUUCCAAACUGACAAAACAGAUAAACAAGCCCUCUGCCCUUCUCUCCCUUCCACUGUUAAGGACCCUUUUAAGCAUGUGAUGUUGUCUUAGCAUGGUACCUGCUGGGGUUUGUUUGUUUGUUUGUUUGUUUUUUUAAGGCCAUUUGGGGGGGUAUUUAUUUUUUAAGGGAAAAGCUGCAAAAAUUAUAUAUUGCAAGGUGCGAUGGUCUGGUUUGGGUGAAUUUCAGGGGAAAUGAGGAAAAAAAAAGGAAAGAGAGAUUUUUAAGCCAAUUCUCAUCCUUCUCCUCCUCCUCCUUCCCCCCUCUUUCCUUAGGCCUUUUGCAUUGAAAAUGCACCAGGGGAGGUUAGUGAGGGGGAAGUCAUUUUAAGGAGAACAAAGCUAUGAAGUUCUUUUGUAUUAUUGUUGGGGGGGGCCUGGGAGGAGAGGGGGGACGACAGCAGACAAAGCUAAAUGCAUUGAAGAGCCUCUCAGAGCUGUGCAGUUUGAGGAGCCAAAAGAAAAUAAAAAUGAACUUUCAGUUCAGAGAGGCAGUCUAUAGGUAGAACCCCCACCCCACCAUCGUGGUCAUUGUGUUUUUGGACUGAAUUUACUUGAUUAUUGUAAAACUUGCAAUAAAGAAUUUUAGUGUCGAUGUGAAAUGCCCCGUGAUCAAUAAUAAACCAGUGGAUGUGAAUUAGUUUUA